AUGGUAAAUGACAUAAGUCUGCAGGAGUUUGCGGGUGAUGACGAUGAUGAUCUUGAUCUCUUCGGUGAUGAGACAGAAGAGGAAAAAAAGGCAGCUGAACAGAGGGAAGCUGCCAAGGCAUCUUCCAAAAAGAAAGAGAGGCCAAAAAAACUGUGUAAAGUCGAACUUUCUAGAGAGCUUCCUCCAUCAAAUGAACAGUUCCUCUUAGAUUUUAAGCAGUUACAGAUCCAAUUUCCUGACCAGGUGCAGCUGCAUGCUGUAACAGAAUCUGCUUUAAUUUCUCUGGUUAUCCAGUGUUGUAUUCAUGCACCUCGGGCUGAGUUCCUUCUCUUUGCUUUACGUAGUUUGUGUAGUAUAGGUUACAUAAACUGGGAUACUUUCUUGCCGUCUCUUCUGUUGCACCUGUUAGAGGGAUACACUCAACACAGCAGAAGCAAACAAUCACCAGAAGAGAAAUCAGUUUCUGUGAAGAAAGAAAAAAAAAACGAGUUCCUGUUUAUUUUUUUCUUACUAUUUGUGUGA